AUGAGUGCUAUGUUCCGGGCCAUUCUAAUAGGAAACUUCUUGACAUCCAACUUCUUGCAAAUCUUCUGCUCUCUGGGUACCAUGCCCUCCAUUCUACUACCGUGUUUCGCCUUAUAUACCAAUGGACUUAUGAAUUAUACUGGAAUGAGCACAAUCGUACAAGUUCACAUAACAGGCGUUAUUUUCUCAUUUUCGGGUUGGCUUGUUGUUUUCAUUUGUCUGUUGAGAGCUCUUGCUGUUUCCGUUUACCUGACUGAACAACAAAAAACUCAAAUCACUUUCGCUUAUAUAAUUUUUUCUCUCCUCAACCUAUUCCCGUUGGCAGCGAUGGGAGACAAAUUGAGAUUUUCUGGCGAUGAUAAACUCUCCUGUAGUGAGAUGUUCAACAGCCAGCCUCCACCCGAGCUAUUCAUGUCAGAAACUGUGGUGAGUCAACACAAGCUGACAUUAGGUGUUCUGAAAUUGGCAUUCUUCCAAUCGAUGGGUACGACUGUGCCUCCCAUUGCUGUCAUGUUUUGUAUUAUGAACGCCAUUCCUUCCAGAACUGCAUCGGAGAUACUGAUGAUACUGUUGACUCAUCCCUGCCUACAAAGAACGUUUGAGCAAGAUCUGCUUAUCAAUUUUUCCUGUGGAGCUUAUAAAACGGAUGACGACGCUUAA